CUCAACGCUGUUAGAGCUAAGAGCUGCGUUCUGCAUGUGUAGCUUGCUAAAACACAGGUGAUAAACAAAACGUUACCACAAUCGCAAACGCAGAGGGCACAUUUGACGGAAACCACUCCGAUCCAGAAACCAAAAAGAAACCAAAGAAAGCCGCGUGUCUUUCAAAGAGAUGGACAAUUGCGUACAUGGGGAUGUGGUUUGGUGUCCUGGGAUACGGGCUCAACACUAACAUGAGUGUGGCCAUUGUGUGCAUGGCCAGCACUACCCACAAUACGUCCUCCAGUGAUGUUACAUCGCCGCUCAGUGAAGGGAAUGCAACUGAUCUUUCUUUUCUCAAAAAUGGCACAUAUGACAUAGGGCACGCAGAAAAACACAAUGAAACUCAACUUAAGGAUAACAUUGAUGAUCAUGACUCUAUCACAUAUAUUGACGAUGAUAACCAAAUAACCGAAAAAGGGAAUGAAAGAAACACUGUCAAUGUUGACAUAUUGCAAUGCGCUGAGAUCGGAUCAGAAUCUUAUAAACAGAAUGCGGAAUUCUCAUGGGACAAAAGAACACAAUCGUUUAUACUAUCAGGAUUUUUCUACGGUUACAUCUUUGUCCAGAUCGUCGGCGGAUGGGCAGCGGGGCGGUUCGGUGGAAAGUUGAUGAUUGGCGCGUUUAUGGGGUUGGGCUCUCUCGUCACAUUACUCAUCCCAUCCCUUGCGAGGACCAGCCCGUACGCCUUGGUUGCUGCAAGGGUCGUAAUUGGAAUGAGUGCGGGUCUAGCGCUACCGGGUUGGUUCAAAUUGACGGCUGUCUGGGCGCGUGAGAAUGAAAGAACGAGAUUCAUCUCGAUAGUAUGGUUCGGUCAGAUUCUUGGUGCAAUUCUCGGUUACACAUCAUCGGGUCUUCUCUGUGUGUAUGGAUUCGACAACGGAUGGGGGUCUAUAUUCUAUAUAUACGGUGCGUUCGGUGUACUUUUUGUUGCUUGUUGGUGGUUUAUCGUGCAAGAAACUCCAAGCAGUGACCUGAAGAACAAUGAAACAGAAAUACAGCUUUUGAAAAAGACUUUAGAUGAAUCCGUCAACAGAACCCCAGCUAAAACAGUGAUUCCCACAGUGCCUUGGUUGGAUAUGGUCACGUAUACACCAAUAUAUGGACCGCUGGUCGCACAUAUUUGUGACACGUGGACCUUUUACCUCAUUUUAACGUGUCUACCUCAAUAUAUCAAAGAAGUGCUCAAAUUUGACAUUCAGAGCAAUGGUGUCUUCUCGUCGCUGCCCUUCCUCAGUAUGAUGGUGGGAAUAGCUCUCUCAGGACUUCUAGCUGACCAAAUCAGGACGAGGAAACUACUUUCUAUCACAAAAAUAAGGAAACUUCUACAAACUGUCUCAUUCCUAGGCGUUGCUACAUGUAUAUCCGUCCCUGGUUUCCUUACCUGCGAGGAAAGGUAUCUUGUGAUAGUACUCCUGUGUCUGUGUACGUUCUUCGGAGGUAUUGGAGUAGCAAGUGGAUACACCUGUACAUACGUCGAUAUGUCGCCCAGGUUUUCACCAAUUUUAUUCGGGAUCUCCAACACAGUUGCAUCCAUUCCUGGUAUAUUUGCUCCAUUGGUAGUUGCAGAAGUCACAAAGAAUCAAAGCAGUGAGGAGUGGCGUAUUGUCCUGUUGACUGCUGCUGGUGUUUCUGUAUUCGGGACAAUCGUGUAUGACCUCUUGGCUUCCAGUGAACUCGCUCCAUGGUCGGAUAGAAUGGAGUUUGAAAUCGAAAUUAGUUUGGACAAAGACCAAAAGUCUGAAUUAUGACAAUGAAGUGUAACAUCGUGAUGAACACAUACAUUUGAUUGGGUCUCGAAAAGUGUAAUACAUACCUUGUUGUACCCAAAGGAAGACAAAAACCUUCGAAAAGUCGAGAAUGGCUCGUUUUGAUAUAAUAAUUAUAUUCUUAGGUGAAUAGUAGGUUUAUUCGGUAAAAAGACAUGAACAUUAUAUGGCACGUCAUAAUGCAGACAAAUUAUAACAUAUUUCUUUUGAAAAUAAGACUAUGUGGCCUCCGGAUAAAUCAUGUUUUCGGUCGAUACUAUUUACAUAGACUUUUUAUAUUCUGUUCGAAUAAAAAAGCGUUCUAAGGUAUUCUAUUUGUGGUUAUAAGUGAGAAAGUGUAUUUGACUGUAAUAAUAUCAGAAAAUAAAUACAAUGCGAAAGAGGUUGUUAGAUG